ACCAUAUCCAAUCACCGUAUCCGUAUGGCAAUGACCGUAGACGGCAUUGCAACAUACCAUUGACCGCAUCGCGCCACGUGCAGCGCGAAACUUCCUUCCUCCAUCCCCCUCGCACCCACGCGAACCCCAUUUUCCGACCAUCCCCAUCCCUGUCUCGUGGAAAACUGUAGGGCAGGAUGCUUCGUUUCCUCAGUUGACGUCGCGCUCUCGCGACGAACGGACGUGUCGAUGUGUGGCGAUUUUGUCCUGCAUUUUACGAUACGUAAACUAGAUUUGCAUAUGGUGUGCUUAUAACUUUACUAACUUUGCCGGCGCGGUGUGAUCAACUUUAGAUCCGAUCUCGUCCGAUGGACCGCAGUGUAUUUUGUAUGAAACGGUUCGUUUAGUGCUAAAGUGAAUUUUAGUGGUUGACGGUAGUGAUUACAUUUAGAUUUGUGUAGUGACAUAGUGAAGUGUUGUGAAUAGUGACAUUGUUUUAUGGAAUGGAGAGCUAAAGAGCCAUGGAGAGACGGGAAGAAGUACAUAGGCAUGGGUGCAGUAUAGCCAAGCAGACGAUUCUGACCACGCACCCAAGCGGGCUGCAGACAAGAGUGUCAGUGGAACUGGCAAACUUCGAUGCUUUAUGCAUGCACUCUGAAUGCAAAAGCCCGGCGAAAAGACCAAUGUGGGAAGGCAGUCCUUUCCUAUCCAGGCGAGUGUUAGGGGGGGUUUCGGCUCACGGGACCCCGGUGCUUGGUCGGAGGAGUGAUGCCGUGAACGAGGGGAGGCUGUCGCAGCAAUGUACCCCGGUUAUGAGGAGACGGGAGGUGGACAGUCCGGGAGGCUCACCGCUGCCGGUGAGGAGGGGAGAGGAGGUGGAAAGUGAUGUGGAUAAUAGUGUCAUCAGUGGCUGGCUGAAGUUUCGGGACAACAAGCGGUGGAAAUCAAGAUGGGGCGUUGUGACGAAACUCUCACCAGCUGCAGACUGUCUCCACCUGCAACUAUACCGCGACCCAAAAGAUCGCUUUAAGAAAGGUCAAACAAAGGCUUCGCUGUCGCUGCAGCAGUUCCUGGGCUUCGAGUCAGGCUUCACUCUCGACAAGGAGUCUAACACCAUCGCCAUCAUUUGUCAGGACGUCAUCGUGGUGCUGGCCUUUGAGACCAGGGAGAGACUUAUUGCUUGGCAGGUGAAAGUGGGCGGUCAGCUGGGCUCCUCCAAAGAAUGGCUCGUGAUGAUUGGAGGAGGAUCCCGCAAGCUGCCAGCAGGUCCUGCGAGGUUGCAUCUUCAGGGCAGACGGUUUGCCCUGGCUAGUGGGGUCCCUCCACGUCUGCUGGGCCUCUGGGAACUGGCGCAUUUGAGACGCUACGGAGUGGUAGAGGGGCGGUUCUGCUUCGAAGGCGGUUCUCAUUGUGGCAAGGGUGAAGGCCUGCACGUCCUCAUCACGGACCAAGCUCAGGACAUCACCGACGGCUUUGAUGCUGCAGCCCAUGGGAACCCAAGAGGACCAGCGUCUAGGAAAAGUGGCGGUAAGAAAAUAUUUUCUUCUAAAAGCUAGGUAGUAGUAAAACGAGAUGCUCCCAUAACAACAUUAACGACUAAAUUUAUUUUCUUAGGCGCUGACAGGAAUCGUCCCGACACCCGACUGUCAGAUAUAAACGCAGACCAAUCAAUACCAGACACGGGUCUGUAUGAAGAAAAUUUCUUCGGAGAGGAUUGCGGGGGAGUCUCUCCCUUUUGGCCAUCGGACGAAAGGCGAGGAUUCGAUGACCAUGACUGCAAAGGAUAUGAAGAAAAUACAAGGCCUCCGUGGAGCGGGGCUGAUCAUGUUACCUUAGAAAGAUGCAGCAAUUGUGUGACUAAGCUGGGCACAAUGACUCGAUCUUCAACUGUUGCACUUACACCUGGCACACAAUUCAAUCCGGCUUGGACGAUGGAGGCAGUACCAGAAAGCAGCUCUGACAACUCUUCAAAUAGUACAGAAUAUUUGACACCACGAGCAAUGAGAAAGAGCUUAGAAGCAAGUCAGAACAAAGAGUGGGCUCCACAAAGGCCACCUAAGCCUGCGAGGCUGGAAGAAAUAAAAGCACCAGCUCCUUUACCAGUCACUGCGUGCUCCUGUGCGAGUGACAGAACUACAAUGGCCAUUGUUAAUAAUCCAAAAAUUGGACCUUAUGAAAACUAUGACUUUCCUAAAGCUACUCAUAUUGAGGUGGAACCUACGAAUGAGUAUUACGAUACACCAAAAAGGAUAAAGAAAGCUCUUGCUGAAGAUCUUUUUCAAGUGACCAAGAAUUCUGCGCCCGGAAAUUUAGUACUAAAGAAAAAUUGCGGAUGCAUUUUGAAAUUCGGAUCCAAAAAGAAACCGGUUAUAGUUGAAUGUGAUGAAAACAUCCAGCCUGUUGAAUGUCCCUGUCAAAAAGUAACCAACUGGGCAAAUAACUUAAUAAAUCUUCCUUAUUGUAAAAGAAGUGAGAAUUAUGAUAAAGUUAAUACAGAAAUUCUCACCAGCCAGAAAUCAGAGGAAAUGGCCCUUUACGCUACUGUGGAUGUAUCACGUAAAACGAAUAGACAAAGUUCAAUAGCCGAAAAAGACAGCGUGCAUGAUUGUAAUGAAACACCAUUAAUGAACUAUGAAAACUUAGGGCCAAAAGGAGAAGAAUUUGAAGACCCGUACGCCAACUAUGAAAAUCUUGAAUUCGCUUUGUCAUUAGAAUAUUACGAAAAUGCUAAAGAUUUGUUGAAGAAAGCUGGUGUUACUCAAAAGGAAUUAGACGCGUUAAGUGCUAAUGUUGAUUUUGCAGAAGUCGCGCUUCCACCUAAACCAAAACAUUGUGCUAAAUGUGGUCACUCAGCAAAACACCAGACUAUGAAAAAGAAUAAAAGCGACGAAUAUUUACUUAUGGAACCUCCCAAAGAUAUCAAACGAGACUUAUGUCGAACAACAGGGCCAAACCCAGGUUACACUCCAAUGUCACCAAAUCCUAAUUGGUCUCAAAGCCUAAGGCAUCCACUGCAAAAACUUAACCGAGUUGAAAUUGAAAAAUCUUUGAGUAUACCAACGCUCAACGGUGGUGCGAUUAGGGCACAGAGUUUUGAUACAACAUUGAGUAAUAACAAUAAGGAAGCAAUACAAAAACGAUCCAGCUCAGUAGACUCAGCGAGACUACUAGAAGACCUGAAGGAAUUCGAUAGUAGUAUCGGCAGUCACGCAACAUCUUCUUCUUUAGAAACUUUAAGGAACUUAGCAAUUGAAAAUAGAAGAACAUCAUCUCCUUGCGACAACGAGAGAGACUGCUGUGAUCAUGACUGUUGCAAGUUAUCUGAUUCUGAAAACAAAACAUCAGAGGGCAGUUCUAAAGACGCGCCUCAUUUGAGGAACAAACACAUGGACAAUGCCCAAAUUAAAAGAUCUUCAAGCGUUCCGUGCAAGUCCGGAGGUAACAGGGACUCAUCGAGUUCAAAUGAUUCAGGAGUCUCAAGUUGCUCGAUGAAACAUGGCCCUGAAUUCAAUGAAUUUGAGACGCCACUGACUUCAGGGCAUUCUAGAUAUCAGUACAUGGCGCAGAGGAGAAUGAGAGGGAAUGCUACAGGUUGCAUACAUUCCUCUUUGCCCAGAAAGUCAAAGUCAUCAGAUCCGCUAAGAGACAGAACAAUGCAGAUAUAUAAAGCUAAUGUGCCGGCUAAAUCUUCUUCGGCAGAAGCAGAAGUGCCGGUGCUUCCUCCAAAACAAUUUAAAGGAGUUAUGGACACACAUAGCACAUCAAGUGGAACGUCUGACAUGUCAGAUUAUAUCGAAACACUUUCACUUACGUCGUCGCAUUCAUCUUCAGAUAACCCUAACUUGAGGUUGGCUCGGCAGCCUACAACAACGCUUCGACCUCGUUCCGGCAAGGAAUACCACAACCUGGACCCCAUCAUCACCUCCAUGUACAAGAGCGGCAAGGAACUAUCCAACUACACUAACUUACCCUAGACGGUGAAAGAAGCAAAAUAAACCAAGAGUUAUAAAGUAAAUCAGUUUUGUAAACUGACGCCCAUUUUCGUUGAGUUUCGUUUUCGUGGAAUUGUUACCAAGGUUUAAUACAUUAAAUGGAAUGAUCUUUUGACAGACGAA